AUGCCGUGCAGCGCAAAGGCGUCGUACAAGAAGUUACCCGGCACUCUCGAGCUCAACGGCACCCAUAUCCAAUGGACACAGGACGGCAAGAAGGCGCCAGCAGUACGCGUACCUCAUGCUAGUUUCUUUUCCCUGUUCUGCAGCAAGGAUGGCUCUCCUCAGGUUCGCCUCAAGUUAGCACUCGUCAACGAUGACACAGGCCACAACUUCACAUUCAUCUCCACCCCUCAAUCGAUGGCACUUGCGGAACGAGAGACCUUCAAGACAGAGCUUACCAACAUCAUCGCCAAAAACCGAAGUGCACCUCAACAAACGCCCCAGCCGGCUGCUCCUCCGUCUCACAUCAAACUCCCCACCAACUCUGGGCCCAUCACCGCCGCCUCCUCAACUCCUGGAACCCCAGCUUCGUUCGCCCCUGCAGCCUCUCGUGCAGCUUCCGUUUCAAGCGAUGGGCGCACUCCCAUUAUACCAGGAACAGAUGCGGCCAGCGAUUUCAGACUUCGGAAACGCGUUCUUCUCGCCAACACGGAGCUGGCUUCCCUCCACAGGGAGCUUGUCAUGACGGGUCAGAUCACCGAAGCAGAGUUCUGGGAAGGGCGAGAACACCUUCUUCUUGCCGAGUCAAGCUCAACGUCUCAGAAACGAGGUCGACCAGGAACUCUAGUAGACCCACGCCCUCAAGCUAUUGAGGGCGGUGAGGUCAAAAUCAUCAUUACGCCUCAGCUCGUGACGGAUAUCUUUGAGGAGUUCCCUGUUGUUCAAAAGGCAUAUGCGGAAGUGGUGCCCAAGAAGCUCAACGAAACAGAAUUUUGGAGACGAUAUUUUCAGUCAAAACUCUUUCACGCCCAUCGAGCAAGUAUCCGCUCAUCCGCAACGCAGCACGUUGUCAAGGAGGACCCCAUUUUUGACAAGUAUCUCGAGAAGGAUGACGAUGAGAUCGAACCUCGGCGUGCACGAGACGAGAUACACGAUCUUUAUAUUAAUCUUGGGGCAACUAAUGAAGACCACGAGGAGACGGGGAACACGAAAGACUUUACUAUGCAAGCUGGUCGCCAGCGUGGAGCCCUUCCUUUGAUUCGAAAAUUCAACGAACACUCUGAGCGAUUACUAAACUCGACAUUAGGAGAUGGUCCAGCGAAAAAGAAGCGGAAAACAGAUGAUGACGACGAAUAUCGACGAAUAGAACUUGAAGACCUCAAUGACUUCGAAGCAUCUUCCGGAAUUGUUCUAGAGAUGCAGGACCGUCAACGAUAUUUCGAGGGCCGAGGCUCAGGUGCUAAUGGAAACGCUGACGGCGAUGACCCUGCGAAGGCCGUUGACAUCAGGCACGUUUUUGCGGAGGCCCGGAAGAGUACAGUGGAUUGGUCGUCAAGGUUCUCACAGCUUAAGGUUGAAAAGAAGGCGGGGGAUGCAGCGUUCCAAACCAUGACCCAGAAUGUUGCUACUCGACUAAAGUCAAAGGGGCAGAAGAAUGAUCUUCCCCCGACUCUCUUCGCCUCGAUGCGGACGUGUCAAACAGCAGCGAACGAGUUUCUUCGGCAAUUCUGGACGUCGAUGUAUCCGCCAAUAGCCCUCCCCGGGUUGUCGAAUGGGGCUUUAACCACCGCUGCGGAUCAGCAGAAUCGUGCAGCCAAAGCUGCCAAGAUGGCAGGGUACCUCGGUAAGACGCACGAGAAGGUCGCAUCUCUUGUGGAGAUUGCGAAGCGAGAGGGGGCAGAUGUGAGUAGGGUCGAAGUGGCUAUGAAGCCUAUGCUCGACGCCGUCGACCACGCGACUACUUUUUGGAGCGCCAGACAAGCGAAGGGCACCAAAGCUCGGUAGCGCUUCGAUGAAAAUUUUCGUUUACUUCCAUUUACCAGUAGACGGCGCUAGCGUUUCUUAGGAGGCUGGCUGGCUCUUGACUUGAUUUAUUUAUUGGACGCACUUACUCAAUUACAGCCCACUGCAACACCUCGCAACCCCACAUUAUCGCAUUGCACUUAUCCGCCCCAUCCCAUCCCAAUCCAUGCUCUCGCACUUCGCGUCAUUCUUGAUACAGCUAGCUAGUGUCUCAUCCAUGUCCAUACAUCUGCUAUGGAGCGUGUAACUUCGUGAAUGUAUGAAGGACUCAUGGUCUACAUUUGUGGAGGAGGUCGGGAUGCAGGUGGACUGUUUCACUGGCUUCGAGAGAAUUUUAAGAUGCGUUUCGGGAUGUGACAUGGACAUUUUGUUCUCACGUUUCUUCCCUUACCUCCGUCGAGUCCGAAUGGUGGCACCCGCUCUUAGCU